ACUAGAACAAAGGCGAUCUGAAAUCCAAGCAGAAGGGAGGAGGAUACUGGUUUUUCUCAGACUGUGGAGUGUUCACGUGGAAUAAGCUCCCAGGACAGAGAGACACUUACGGGGGGGAUUGUACAGAAAACAAUGGUGGCCUACGAUGAAGUGAGCAGCGUCGCUCCAGUCAAACGGACCCUACAAGUGAUAGAGCACCAGAACCAGGCGAACAAAGAGACCGAGGAACCCAGUACUAAGCGUGUGCGUCCGCUGGGCAAGGUGACGUCGCUCGCGAACCUCAUCUCUCCCGUGCGGAGCGGGGCGGUCCGGCGCUUCGGGCAGACCAUCCAGUCCAUCUCGUUCCGGGGCGAUGGCAAGUCCCCGGGCCGCAAGCCCUGCAGCAAGGCGGCCGCCCCCACGCCCCCCAAGAGGAGAAACAGUACCCUGUGGUCCGAAACGCUGGACGACCACCAGAAGGGCACCUUCUCCACAAAGGAGAUCAAGAGACAGGAGGCCAUAUAUGAGCUGUCCCGAGGAGAGCAGGACCUGAUCGAGGACCUCCAUCUCGCACGCAAGGCAUACCACGACCCGAUGCUGAAGCUGUCAAUCAUGUCAGAGGAGCAGCUGACGCAAAUAUUUGGGGAUUUGGACGCAUAUAUCCCACUGCACGAAGACUUGCUGUCCCAGCUGGCUAAGGCGACUGGGCCCGAUGGCACUGUGGGUCAGAUCGGGGAGAUUGUUGUCAGUUGGCUCCCUGGACUGAACGCGUACCGCGACUACUGCAGCAACCAGCUGGCGGCCAAGGCGCUGCUGGACCAGAAGAAGCAGGACCGGCGGGUGCAGGACUUCCUGCAGCGCUGCCUGGAGUCGCCCUUCAGCCGCAAGCUGGACCUGUGGAGCUUCCUGGACGUCCCGCGCUCGCGGCUCGUCAAGUACCCGCUGCUGCUGAAGGAGAUCCUGCGGCACACCCCCGCCGAGCACCCCGACACCCCGCGCCUGGAGCACGCGAUCUCCAUCAUCCAGGAGGUGCUGGCAGACAUUGACCUGAAGAAGGGCGAGUCGGAGUGCCAGUACUACAGAGACAGGCUGGAGUACCUGGACGAGCGUCAGAGAGACCAGCGCAUCGAGCGCUGCAACACCCUGCUGUGUCACGGGGAGCUGCGCAACAAGAGCGGCACGAAGCUGCACGUGUUCCUCUUCACGGAGCUGCUGGUUCUGACCCGGCCGGUGACGCGGGGGGACCGCCACUGCUACCAGGUGUACCGGCAGCCCAUCCCGGUCCAGGACCUGCUUCUGGAGGACCUGGUGGAUGGGGAGGUCCGCAUGGGCGGCUCCUUCAGGGGGGCCUUCAGCAACGGAGAGAAAGCGAAGAACGUCUUCCGCCUGCGUUUGCAGCCUCCCUCCCAGGGUCCUUCGCACACCCUGCAGGUCAGCGACGUCUUCCACAAGCAGCAGUGGCUCAACUGCCUGCGUAACGCCAUGUCCGCGCUGCAGCCCGCCCAGCAGGGGGCGCCGGGCGCCGACCCCGCCCCGUUUUCCACGGAGACCGUCCCCAAGCGCCGCUCCUCCACCAUCCCCGUCAUCACCCUCGAGGAGGAGACGGACGAGAACCGGCCCGGAUCCUCUGACUCCGCCCCCAGCUCGCCCCAGGGGGAGGAGUCACCCAGCACACCACAGACUGCAGCGGAGGCGUGCCCCUCCCCCACGGACUCCCCUCGAAAAACGAAAAAGGACAAGAAGUCCCGGCGUUCGCUGGGCAAGCGGAAGGAGACCAUGGUGUGAGCUGUGCUCCUGAAAGGAGAGCUUGCACAGAGAGACAGGACACUCACGUUUAUGAGUGCUGCUCUGAGUUCCUGUCCUCAA